GCAAAACACCACUGAGUUCGCAGACGACGUCACUCGAGGUUCGUUCACUAUGCCCCGGACACUCAUUUUGUUCCAAAAUCGCUUCCAUCAAAGCGAUCGCUUUUAGUUCAAACCCGCCCUAUGAAGACUUAACACUGUUUUUCGUCGUCUCCUCAUAACUUUAAAUACAAGUGAAAAUAUUUGUGAUAUUUAGUUUUAGUGUGCCAAAAUAGAAAUGGAUGACGACCAGCAAUUUUGUUUACGGUGGAACAACCAUCAAUCGACAUUGGUAGCCGUUUUUGACACAUUAUUAGAGAACGGAACAUUAGUAGACUGUACUUUGGCAGCAGAAGGGAAAUUCCUCAACGCACACAAAGUGGUUUUAUCUGCGUGUAGUCCAUACUUUGAGGCGUUGCUGUCAAAGCAUUUUGACAAGCACCCAAUCCUCAUUUUAAAGGAUGUGAAAUUCCAAGAACUGAAAGCGAUGAUGGACUACAUGUACAGGGGGGAAGUGAACAUAUCUCAAGAUCAAUUAGGGGCUCUAUUAAAAGCGGCAGAAUCUUUACAAAUAAAAGGUUUAUCAGACAAUAGGAAAGGGGAGACAGAAAGAAAACCGGCGCCGGCUCCCCCGCCCCCGAAAAGUCCCCAACCCGCGUCAACCUUACCGAAAGUGCAAGGUUUAACAAUAGAGCAAAGAGCUCGGGACGAUUCGCGGGAGGGCAGCAUUUCGCCGGGUCCUCGUAAAAAGAAAAGGUUGAGGAGGAAAAGCGAGGAAUUAGAUAACCAUGACGCCUCUAAUUCUUCCGAAUCUCACAGCCUACCCGCCCAAAACAUUCCUACGUUACCUGCCGUUACGAAAAUGAACGCCGAUGUGCCUGAACAAGUAGAAACCAAAUCCGAGAUACUCACGAGGCAUAAACAGACAGACGAAAUGCCGCAAGUUCCUAUUAUUAAAGAAAAGAUCGAAACACACACAGAACUGAUGUUGGAACCAAAGUCUGAAUAUGUAGAUGAAAUGAACGAGGACAGUAUCGAGGAUUUGACGUUAGACGAUGAUGAUUUAAGUAAUAUGGAACAAAUGGACGAUGGGGCAGGACCUAGUCAUGGGAAUACGGGAGAAGGAUCGAGUCAAGGAUUUGGAGGAUGGCAUAUGGGUAACCAAAGUCAAGAUGAAGUGUUUCUGGCCGCACAAGAGGCCGUAGGUGCACAUCGAGACUCACAAGGUGGACCGACCAUCGAAAUAGGAAUGAAGUUUCCAACGUUUCGAAAACUGAAAACAUUUUUGGACAACCAUUGCACGAAACACAACAUAAAACUAUAUACAAUACGAUAUAGAAAAAUCAUUUCCUCUAAUCUUAGUAGAAAAAUUAACCGAAAACUAGUUUAUUUUGAAAUUCAGUAUGGCUGUAAACAUGGAGGAAGGCCGAUAAAGAAGAAGAAAAAACUUUCCAAAAAUGUUGGGUUAAAUCCUGAUCCAUGCCAGUAUUACAUUACGUUUAGAGCUGAUUCAGACGGCCAAAAUCUGGAACUGAAAGAUAUGUGCCUUGACCACAACCACGAAAUUACGUCUGAAGCUAUUUUGGUUGAUUUAGACGGUGAUUGCAAUGAUGAAAAUUUCGUUUUAACAGAUUUCAUUAAAUUUGAAGUUAAAAAUGAAGAUCUUUCUUCAUAAGGAUUGUUCAAACUCCGCAAAUAUGGGCCUUAAAAUUGCUUGUAUAAUUGGUAUUAGGUUAAUAGAUGAUUUUUAGUUUUUAAUUGGUUUUAUUUUUAACCGACUUCAAAAAAGGAGGAGGUUCUCAAUUUGUCGCAAUAUUUUUUUUAUGUAUAUUCAGCGAUAAUUCUUUAACAUGGUGUCCGAUUUCAAUGAUUCUUUUUUUGUUAGAAAGGGGGUACUUCAGAGGUGGUCCCAUAUAAAUUUGGUUAAGAUGUGGUGAUGGCAUCUGCACGUUUUUGAAGUCGGUUUUUUUUAA